AUGGCCGGAUUCUACAACGAUGACCCUAUGGACGGGAUCCUCCACCCUUCCAUGAUGCGCCAUCAGACACACUCUUCACGACGAUUUGACGAAUACUAUCGGUGCUACCCGGUAGCGAUGCUUCCAGGCCCCGAACGUGAGAAUGUGAACCAUGGAGGCAAGGUGAUCAUGCCACCAAGUGCGUUGGAUAAGCUCACUCGACUACACAUCACCUAUCCCAUGCUUUUUGAACUACAUAACGGUGCGAAGCAACGGAUGACGCAUGCUGGUGUGCUGGAGUUCAUUGCUGAGGAAGGGAAGAUAUAUCUGCCAUUUUGGGUGCGUGAAGAAGACCGAUCUAUACGAGUCCCCGAACCAGGAGACCUGGUACAGAUAAAAUCAACAGACCUUCCCCCGGGAUCCAGAAUCAAGCUUCAAGCUCAAUCAACGUCAUUCCUCGAUAUCAGUGACCCCAAGGCCGUGCUUGAGAACGCAUUCCGAAACUUCUCCUGUCUAACCAAGGGCGAUGUCUUUACGUUUUCCUACAAUGAUCAGAUAUAUGAGAUGGCCGUCCUAGAGACGAAGCCCGAGACAAGUCAGAAUGCUCUCUCCGUACUAGAAACCGAUUUGGAAGUCGACUUUGCACCGCCAGUGGGAUAUGAGGAACCAAAACGAGUAAGCGGGACUAGUACCCCGUCGAGUAGUGUUGCGGGUGGCCCUCUGACCGCCGGCGGGACAAUUCAUUCCCACGGCACAAUGGCGCAGUCGAUCAACUAUACCGCAAUCGCUCCAGGAUCGAAUGAUACCGCGAGAGCAGCUAACGCAGCAUUGUCCAACUUCCACGGGAGCGGCCAACGACUCAAUAUGAAGAAGGGAAGCAAAACCUCUACUCCUAAAUCCGCAACGCCAGCUUCUGGAAAAUCUAGCAAUCCACCGCCCGCUCCUCCCACGCGAAGAACAAACGGCCCACAGCCACUACGACUGCCGCCAGGUAAACUAUUCUUUGGCUAUGCCAUCACCCCAGUGAAGAAGAAGGACUCCAGCGACCCGUCCCCCGAAGCGGAUUCACAACCUAAAUUUCUAGGAACUGGCCAGACUCUACGGGGAAAGAAGAAAGGGUCAGGGCUUGCAGGACAGUCCACUCCAGCCUCCGGAAGUGACACAGAAAAGAAGAUAAAGGGCGGACACUAG